UGUGUGUGAAGUUCAUUGGCGACUUUGAACUGGGCCGAUGUGAAUGUAGCCUGCAGCGGACAGCCCGUCCUGCGCUGCUUUCUACCCCUGCGAUUGUUGCUACUUAAUGCGGGUACAGAAAAUGGACGGAAAUAUUGCUACAGCUUCGUUUGCAGUCGUAUAUAAAUCCCAAGUACAGUACACGUGUCAUAUUCGCUUGGACUUGUGAAAUGGAGAGUUGAAUGUCCAUUAACCUGGCCAUUUAACUCAGUUCAAACAUGAUCUCUAAAGUUGUAUUCGGGGUGUCGUUUCGUAACUCUUAUUUAUAGCACGCAACUGAUGAUAAACUUGACUUGAACCUGCAACACGGCAUCGGGUGAUAAGGAGCUCUAUUACACAGUGCGUUGCAAAUCUCGGAAGGAAAACCAUUAAGGGUGCGUUUAACUGUGGGAGCCACGCAGAGAUCAGGUAGCCUACUUGACGAACCUGGGAACGCGACUGAGGCUACAAGGCACCGAGCAAAGAAAUGCAAACAAGUGAUGCAAACUCGAUUAAUUAAUCAUCAACUGAUGUUUUCAGCAAUUAUGGAUCAGCAGAUUUGAUAUUGUGCUUACUGGACAAAGGACAACUUUGUGUUAUGUUUAUAGAAGUGAAUUGCAACAACACUUUUUUACCUUUCGGUUUUUAAUAUGUCAAGCAACAUUUGGGUGUUCGUUUUUAUAAUACUGUCAAUGGUAUUAAAGUUUCAUUAUGGAGUGCCAUGUGAAAGUAAACAAGGAAAAUUCAAAGUUGGUAAUAAUGACUCAUUUCCUUGGAUUAGUAUGCGCCUUCCUGAUAAAGUUGUACCCCUACACUAUGAUAUUCUUAUCCACCCAAAUCUGACUAGCCUUAAGUUUAGUGGCAUGGUCGUAAUUGAAGUUCUGAUUAAACAUGAUACUGACUUCAUAGUAUUGCAUAGCAAGGGCUUGGAAAUCACAUUUGCAAGUAUCCUCCUAGAAGCAGACUGGAAAACGGAUAAUGAAGAAAUGAAUCUUAAUGUAUUAGAGCAUAAAGCUCAUGAGCAAAUUGCCAUUAUGGCUAACGAGACUUUGCUUACAAACCAAAAAUAUCGCCUUCAUAUCAGAUUUCAAGCCAGUUUAGCAGAUGGAUUUGAUGGCUUCUACAAAAGCACAUAUCUAACAUCAGUGGGAGAAGAAAGGGUAUUGGCUACAACAGAUUUUGAACCGACUGCAGCAAGAAUGGCAUUUCCCUGUUUCGACGAGCCAUCUUUCAAAGCUACAUUCUCAAUCAAAAUACGAAGGGAGAGACAGCACAUUACAUUAUCCAAUAUGCCAAAAAUUCAGACCCUUGAACUUUCAGAUGGGCUGGUAGAAGAUUAUUUUAAUGUGACCAAAAAAAUGAGUACAUACCUUGUAGCUUACAUAGUAUGUGACUUCAGAUCUGUUAGUGCUAAUACUUCUUCAGAUAUCAAGGUUUCAGUUUAUGCUGUUCCUGAAAAAUGGAAUCAAACACAGUAUGCUCUUGAAGUUGCAGUAAAAAUUUUAGAAUUUUUUGAAAAUUAUUUUAACAUUAGCUAUCCCCUUCCUAAACUUGAUCUAAUUGCCAUCCCCGAUUUCCAGUCAGGAGCAAUGGAGAACUGGGGAUUGAUAACCUAUAGAGAGACAUCUCUUCUGUACGAUGCUCAGACAUCAUCUUUAUCAGAUAAACAGUGGGUAACCAAAGUCAUAGCACAUGAACUAGCUCAUCAGUGGUUUGGCAAUCUUGUAACUAUGGAUUGGUGGAAUGACCUUUGGCUGAAUGAAGGAUUUGCCAGAUACAUGGAGCUUGUUUCAAUUAACAGUAUUUUUCCAGACCUUCAAAUUGAUGAGUACUUUUUAAGUGUCUGCUUUGGAGCAAUUUCAAGAGAUUCAUUAAAAUCUUCACAUCCGAUAUCCAAUGCUGCAGAGACACCAACUCAAAUAAUGGAAAUGUUUGACUCAGUCUCAUAUGAUAAGGGGGCAUGUUUACUAAACAUGCUGAAAGAUUUCCUGACAGAAGAAGUUUUCUGGGAAGGAGUUACUCGAUAUUUAAAAAAGUACAGCUAUAGAAAUGCAAAGAGUGAUGACUUAUUGAAUAUCCUAUCACUGACUUGCCCAGAAGAAGAUUUUAUAUUAGGACACAGUUGUUACACAUCUACACAAGUAAGAAAGAAUGCCCACCGGUAUUUUAAAGAACCUCCACAUUUAAAGGAAACUAUGGACUCCUGGAUUUUACAAAUGGGCGUUCCACUUAUUGUUGUGGAGAACAAUGGUAAUCAAAUCAUAGUCCAUCAAGAGCGUUUUUUAAAGGGAAUAUUCCAGGACGAUCCUGAAUGGGAAGAAAUACAAUCAGGAUAUCUGUGGCAUGUUCCGUUAGCAUACAUCACCAGUGACUCUGACAAUAUUGGAAGGCAUUUAUUGAAAACAAAGUCAGAUAUUAUUCAAUUGGAAAAGGAAGUGAAAUGGAUAAAGUUUAAUCCUAAUAUGAAUGGAUACUAUCUUGUGCAUUAUGAAGGCAAUGGAUGGGAAACAUUGGUUCAAUUACUAAACCAGAACCACACUGUCCUCAGCAACAAGGAUCGAACCAACCUCAUUCAUAAUAUAUUUCAGCUGGUCAGUGUUGGUAAAGUUUCUCUUCACCAUGGUCUUGAUUUGCUGCUAUAUUUGAAAAAUGAGACUGAUAAUCUCCCACUUCUACAGGGAAUAGGUUAUCUAGAGGUUUUAUACCAGAUGAUGGAGAGAAGGGGCAUUUCAGAUGUUGCAAAUAAUCUAAAGAAAUUUAUUUUACAGCAUUUUGGUGAUUUCAUUGAGAGGCAGACAUGGAGUGAUGAAGGUUCAAUAUCAGAGAAAAAACUUCGGACUGAACUCCUGCGACUUGCAUGUCAGCUUCACAAUAAGCAGUGUAUAGAAAAAGCCAAACAACUCUUUGAUAACUGGAUGGCAUCAAACAGCUCUUCGAGCAUUCCUACUGAUGUACUAAGGACAGUAUACAUUAUUGGAGCACAAAGUCCUGAUGGCUGGAACUACCUCCUAGAAAAAUAUAGACUUUCAUUGUCAUCCUCUGAAAAAAAUAAGAUCUUAUCUGGAUUGACCCGCACUAGAGAUACAGAUAAGCUGACAGAGCUCUUAGAAUUGUGCAUGAAAGGAGAUGUGAUUAAAACACAAGAUCUUGCAUCUGUUGUUGCCACCAUAAGCAUAAAUCCUGAUGGACAAUAUCUGGCUUGGGAGUUUGUGAAGAAUAAUUGGAACAAGCUGCUAGAAAAGUUUGAUGUGGGGUCAUUUUCAAUAAGAGGUAUUUUGUAUGGAACUACAGCCCAUUUUUCUUCAAAUAAAGAUUUGGAAGAUGUCAAAAUGUUUUUCAAAUUCUUAAAAGAACAAGGACAAGAAUUAACUGUUGCAGAUGUUGCUGUAGAAAUGAUUCAGAAGAACAUUAAGUGGCUGGAACGAAAUCUUCAAGUAUUAAGAAAGUGGCUUGAGAAUGUAUUGUCUAAUGAGGCAUCAUGAAAUACAUAAAACUAUAACCUUUGUUUUGCAAGGGAGAGACUUCAUUUAUAUAUCAAGGAAUUUAUGCCACAAACCAUGAAAAAUAAAAAGGUGUCUUCAAUGAAUGAUGGCAUAAUAAAAUUAAUAGAACCUGAUAAUUAAUAAAGCAAGUUGAAUGUGCAAACAGUGAAGUAUGUAUUGAAAAGGAAUCAUCUGUCUCAUUCUUGUUGGACUUGUAUGUCUUGCUCUUGGGUCAUAACUUGCUUUAAAGUGUGAUGUAAAUUUAUUGUCCUUUCCAGAGUUCACAGUAGGGGAUGUCACAAUGCAACAAUUUUUGUGUUCAGUACCAAUAUUAGUGAAAUUUCAGGAUAACCGAGCGCUAUUCAGUACCACGGCAAAAACAGAAAUCCCUUUUACUGAUUUUUUAAUUAAAAGUAUCUCCAUUGUUCAGGUGGACAAUACAGAAUAUAAAAUAUAUAAAUACUAUUAGUAACAACAAAUUUAAAAUAGUGGUAAAUCAAUUAAGCAGUUGCCCCUAGGGAUUCCUACAGUGUGACAACAAUUUGGGAUGUUACAGUCUUGAGGGGAUUUCUUUGUAAAGAAUGACAUAUUUAGUGACGCAGUUUCCUCCCAUGUUCCACAGUCCUAUAUGCUUGAUUCUGGGUGCGUGUGAUGGUUAGGAAAUGGAUGGAUGCUUCUGUAGACAUCUAUAGAUGUCCAGUCUGAGAAUGAAUACAAAGAUGUUCCUUUAUCAGGGCUGUAUAGCACAGGGCAUUACAAACCGAUUAAUCUCACCAUCUACUAGUUUAAACAAUCACAAUUCACGUCUCCAUAAUGGGAUAAAAGAGGUAAUAAUUAUAGCUUACAUGUGUGUGUUUUGCCUUUUUUUUAAAUGAUAAGCAUUAUUCUGGCAAUCAUGCACUGAAAUUUUCCUGAUUCAAACACAAAGCUGUACCAGAUAGGACUUCUACUUGUUUUCUUUUCAAGAUGUGUUAAUGUGGUACAGUAGCACUGUGAGCCAUUUUCAUAUAUAAUUUUUACUCACAAAUUUUAUUCACAUAUUAUUUUGCCUUCCAAAGCAACGUAUCCACUUGUAAUAACUCACUUUUGGGGUAGCUAAUUCUACCAAAACUGUAAAAAAGCAAGUUUUUCUUAUGUAUUCAGCAUUCUGGUAUUGACUUGGUACUGAAGUGUCAGUUCUUGUUACAUCCCCAGUUCACAGUAAAAGAUGAUGUAUUAAUUGUUAUGGUCCUUCUUAGCACUGAAAUCUAAACAGUACUAACUGUAAUGGAUCCUGGGAUGCAAUCCAUUUUCAUUUUUGGACUGUUUUCAUUCAUUGUUGUGAAUCUUUUGUGGAUUUUUUUUAUCAAUAGGGUGUCACCAUUUUAACUGUUGUUUUUUGACACCAAUCAUGUUACUUAUGAUUGCUGUGGCCAUUGCCAAUCACGUGACCUGAGAGUCUUGUGUCGUAUUGCAAAUCCUUUCCCUAUGUAAGAUGGCAGCGUGCUACGCCUGACAUCCAAGUAUUGGAUUGAAGAAACAACUUUUUUUUUUUUUUCUCAAGUAUUACCUUUUUUGUAUUUAGAAAUCAGGGAAAGAACAUUAGACAAUGGACGGAGUAUUUUUGGCUUUGAAAUUUUGGAUGAUGUUUUGAUGCUUUUUUUUUUUUUUACUUAAACAUUUGACUGUGUCAUUUGGUGGUUUGCUGUAUCAAUGCAUGCUCCCAACCUCCUCCUCCUUCUCCUCCUCCUGUUCAACGGCUGUUCUUUGAUUCUCACUUUCAGACACUCUUCAUUCCCUGGUCCAUUUAAUUUCACCAUCUUUUGGCUGUUUUUUUUUUUCUACAGAAAUAAUACCACCUUUGUUACUGAACUUUGAGAACAAGUGACUGACUAGUCCUGCUUUUGUGCAGAAUGUCCUCCCUGCCAUACACUUCUUGAUUUUUGCUUACAUUGUCUUCUGAUCAAAUCCAGAUGUCAUGGAAGCAGCUUCUGUGCAUGUCAGAGUUUAAUAAUUUACAGUAAGCACAAUUUCUUAGUGUGCAGAGUCACUAUGGUUGGUGGCAUUAGGAGGUUAGUUGUGACUGUUAUUACAUUAAAAAUGCAUUGCUUCAAACUACCCAUAUUGAGCCCUCCAAAUUUUUUAACUAUUGGGCAGAUGUUUUUCUUUCCUUUAAAUACUUAAUUUAAAUUUUCUUUAAAUAAAUCCUCUGUUCAACUCAACUUCUUAUCGCAGUGUUUUUGCAAUGUGGAAAUAUACCCUCGACUGAUCCUUCUUGAUCUACAGGAACAGAAACUCCUGGUGUGAGUGGGCACAGAUGGCGGGGGGUCGGGGUUAUCUCAUUAUCUUGUAAUUGCGUUUAUCCAGUUUCUUUCUGUGCUUUACUUAUUCUCUUCAAUAAAGGUUUGUUUGCAAAAAAAGA